AUGGUGAUCCCUGAGAGGAAUCAGAGUGGUGCCAUCAUGUUCAUCCUCUUAGGCUUCUCUGAAUAUCCAGAGCUCCAGGUGCCCCUCUUUCUACUGUUCCUCAUUAUCUAUGCAGUGACUGUGUUGGGGAAUGUGGGUAUGAUUGUGGUCAUCAAGAUCAAUCCCAAACUUCACACCCCCAUGUACUUUUUCCUCAAGCACUUGUCCUUGGUGGAUUUCUGUUACUCCACUAUAGUUAUACCAAAACUACUAGAAAACUUAGUUGUUGAAGACAAAAGCAUCUCCAUCAAAGUUUGCAUGACACAGUUUUCCAUUGGUGUCACCUUUGUGAUGACAGAGAUGGUUAUGUUGGCAGUGAUGGCCUAUGACCGCUUUGUUGCUAUAUGUUAUCCUUUGCUGUACACAGUCUCCAUGUCCCCAAAACUCUGUGCCCUGCUAGUGACUGUGGCAUAUUCUUGGGGCAUAAUUUCUUCGAUUAUACUCACCUACUCACUUCUUGUAUUAUCAUUUUGUGAGACCAAAAUCAUUAAUAACUUUGUAUGUGAAUAUUCUGUCUUCCUAUCUGCUUCCUGCUCUGAUAAACAUUUCAGUGAGAUAAUACUUUUUAUCUUUGUAAAUCUCAAUGCAUUUUGUACCCUCAUAAUUAUUCUUACAUCCUAUCUUUUUAUUUUUGUCACAAUUCUCAAAAUGCAUUCAGCCAGUGGGAGAUAUAAAGCUUUCUCCACUUGUGCCUCCCACUUGACAGCUGUUACCAUCUUUUAUGGGACCAUUGUCUUCCUCUAUUGUAUUCCCAAUUCCAAAAACCCAUCUCUUGUAGUCAAAGUCGGAUCUGUUUUUUAUACUGUGGUGAUUCCUAUGCUAAAUCCCUUAAUAUACAGUCUAAGGAACAAUGAUGUGAAGGAAACUUUCAGGAAAAUAAUGGAUCUCAAAAUAAUUUUGCAAUAA